AAGCUGCAUUAAUAACACAGAGUAGUUAGUUUGGUAUUCAGUCACCUCACUCAGUCAGUAUUUCUCACUAGGGCUCUCGAUCUCCUCCGUCAAACAAUUCUUUCUUUGUGGUUUCCAUCGUCAAUUGAGAGGUGGAUGAUAGAUGUCCAAGGUGUGGCGAACAGUGUGAAUCUGUUGUUCAUAUGCUGUUUCUUUGGCAAAAAAUUGAUAGUGAUAAGUUCUCUUUUUUCUCCGGCUUGCAACAAUUGUAUUAGCUUGAAUGUAAGGGGAGGCGAUCAUUACCUAUAACACGUGACAUUGCAUUCCCUAAAGGUUAUACUGCCUAAGUAUCUGCAAUGUCUGGGAAUGUAUUCAAGUGGGCAAACUCAGAUGACAAUGAUUCUUCUACCUCAUCAACUGCAGUGUCUCUUACUCCCAAUUUCAUCCUUCCUGUGGAAAGAAGGCCAAAUUUAGCUGAAGUGUCCAAGUCAGGUGACAGUGUUCCAAUAAUAGAUAUGGGAAGGGGAGAUAUUGAUGGUCUUAUCAAAGAGAUAGCAAAAGCAUCUGAGGAGUACGGACUUUUUCUGAUCAUAAAUCACGGUGUAACAGAAGAGCUUUGUGAAAGCAUGUUGUCUGCUGUUACUGACUUAUUUCAUCUUCCUCCUCAAGUUAAGGCUCGUCUUGUCUCAGAUGAUCCUACUAAAGAUGUAAGGUUUUGUAAUCAUUUCCGAAAAGCUGAGGAUAAGGGCGACCAAAAGGCUAAGAAAUUUAGCAUGUGGAGUGAGGUUUUUAAACACUCUUGGCACCCGGCUGAUGACAGUUUUGCUGAACUUUUGCCAUCAGAUCCUCCCAACUACAGGAGGGUAGUGACUGCAUAUGCUAAAGAAAUCGGAUUUGUCAUGAGUUUGCUUCUGAAUUUGAUCUCACAAGGUUUGGGACUGGAGGGAGAUGUUUUACAAGAUAGGUUAGGGAAAAAUCCCUUGUUUAGGGCUCAAGCGAAUUACUACCCACCUUGUUCAAACCCGGAUCUUACACUCGGAUGGGAUGUUCACACUGAUAGAGAUGCACUGACAGUUGUGCUACCAACUUCAAAUAUGGAGGGUCUACAGAUCAUGAAGGACAACAAAUGGAUUGUGGUCGAUCCUGUUCCAAAUGCGUUAAUAGUCAAUAUAGGCGACCAAUUGCAGGUUUUAAGCAAUGGUAAAUAUAAAAGCGUGCUGCAUAGAGUAGUGACUAAUGAACACCAUAGUAGAGUGUCACUGGCAAUGUUUUAUGGCCCAGACAAAGACGCUUUAAUUGGUCCAAUGGAGAAUUUGAUCGACAAUCAGCAUCCUCAACUCUAUUAGAAUUACUACUUUCAGGAAUUUCUUGAAGUCAAUAGAAACCAGGAAGGGAAGAAUCGCAAGAUCAAAGAGUUUUUUGAGAUUUAAUGGUAGAUGGCGACUUGUUUGACAGGAAUGCAAUUUAACUAGAGGUGAUCAUUGGGUGGGCCGGGCCGAAGCUAAAAAAAUUUGCCCAUUUCUCGGGCCGGUGCCGGGUCAAACUUCGGGCCGAAUUUUUUGUGCCCAAACCCGCCCAAAGUGGUCGGGCCGUGCGGGCUUUUCAGGCCGAGCCCAGCCCGAUUUCGGGCUGAAAAUUUCUGUCCAAAGCCCGCCCAAAAUCGGGUCGGGCCGGGCCAACGGGUCGGGCCAUACUUGAUCAGGUCUAAGUUUAACUUAAGGUAGAUUCGGCUGAAUGGAGGUUGAUUAGAUUUAGCUAGGCCUUCGUUAGUAAUUCAGUUUAAUGUUGGAAUGUAUAUAGAUUAAUAAUAUUGCUUUAAUUAUAACCUUUUUAUCCUCAAAUGAUCAGUUGGUGUUCUUUUUCCAUGUAUGAGUAGACUAAAAUUUAAUGACAAUUGGUAAGAGUUGAGAAUACAAAUGAUAAGUUGCAGGCUUACAAGUUA